AGGUCAGAAAAAGCUCUCAAGCUAUAGGAGUGGUUCAGACAAGUAGCGCACUCAGUUGUCCCCUAUCGCUGGACAAGCUUGCUUCCCUCUCUCCCAGACAGUUCUUGUAGCUCUUUGACCAAGAGAUGGCUGUGGUGGGCUUGUACACGGCUACCUCAUUGAUGGUGGCUGCCAUCAUGGCCUUGAUUUCGUACUUCACCUUUCAGCUCCUAAGCAGCUACCUGCGCAAAUGGAAUGAGAUGAAGAUGAUCCCAUGCAUAGACGGAACUUACCCGCUGAUCGGCAAUGCACUGCAAUUCAAAUCCAAUGCUAGAGACUUCUUCUGCCAGGUGGUGGGCUACACGGUGCAGUUCCGGGACACACCGCUGCUCAAAGUCUGGAUUGGCCCCGUGCCCUUUCUCGUCUUGUUUCAUGCUGAGACUAUCGAGGCUGUGCUGAACAACCCUGUUCACAUGGACAAGGCUUAUGCCUACAAGUUCCUGCAACCGUGGCUUGGGACAGGCCUUCUGACCAGCACUGGGAACAAAUGGCGGCAGCGGCGGAAGAUGCUGACCCCCACCUUCCACUUCUCCAUCCUGACGGACUUCCUGGAGGUGAUGAAUGAACAGGCCGAGGUGCUGUUGGAGAAGCUGGACAAGCAGGCAGGCAAAGGGCCCUUCAACUGCUUCAACCACAUCACACUCUGUGCCCUGGACAUCAUCUGCGAAACGGCUAUGGGGAAGAAAAUCUACGCCCAGAGUAACUAUGAUUCAGAAUAUGUGCGUUGUGUGUACAGAAUGAGUGACAUCGUCACCCGGAGACAGAGGAUGCCCUGGUAUUGGCCAGAUUUUAUGUACAACCUGUUUGGGGAGGGCAAGGAGCAUGACAAGAGCCUGAGAGUCCUUCAUUCUUUCACAGAGAGUGUGAUUAAUGAGAGGGCGGAGUAUAUCACUUACAUUGAGUCAGACAGCGAAUCAGACCAAGGCAGGAGGAAGAGGCGGGCCUUCCUGGACAUGCUGCUGAAGACCACGGACGAGGAAGGCAACAAGCUCACCCACAAGGACAUCCAGGAGGAAGUGGACACCUUCAUGUUUGAGGGUCACGACACCACAGCGGCCGCCAUGAACUGGGCCGUUCACCUACUGGGAGCCCACCCAGACGCGCAGCGCAAAGUCCAGCAGGAGCUGCAGGAGGUGUUCGGUGAGUCGGAUCGUCCAGUGAAUGCGGACGACCUGAAGAAGCUGCGCUACCUGGAUUGUGUGAUCAAGGAGGCGCUCAGGCUCUUCCCCUCCGUCCCUUUCUUCGCCCGCAGCAUCUGUCAGGAUACACACAUCAAUGGGUUCAAGGUGCCCAAAGGCACCAAUGCCAUCAUCAUCACGUACGCUGCCCACCGUGACCCGCGCUUCUUCCCCAACCCCGAGGAGUUCCGUCCGGAGCGCUUCCUGCCCGAGAACUGCGUGGGCCGCCACCCGUACGCCUACAUCCCCUUCUCCGCCGGACUCCGCAACUGCAUCGGUCAGCGUUUUGCCAUGAUGGAGGAGAAGGUGAUCCUGGCGUCCAUCUUGCGCUACUUCAACGUGGUGUCAUGUCAGUCGAGGGAGGAGCUGCGUCCGAUCGGAGAGCUCAUCCUGCGGCCCGAGAACGGCAUCUGGAUCCGUCUGGAGAGAAGGAAACGCCUGCCGACCGCUUAACAGCACCACCCAACACUCCACAGCUAACAACAACAACAACAACAACAACAACAACAACAACACCAACACCAACAUGUUGGCCAUGAGCGUUCUUUGAGAUAACCCAUCAAUCAUUAACCCAAACUCAUAAUUAAACCCAUCAAAUAGUGCUACUGUAUAACAACAGUUAGUAAGGGAAUGCUUGGACCCUUCAUCAUUACAGGGGAGCUACUGUACACCUGGCGCGUACUGUAACUGAAGCGUUCCGUUAGUGACGAGUAAAAUCCAUUUUAGAAGACUGGUCUAUUUUUUUUCAAACUUACACCCCAUUGUCACGUCUGGUGUAGCUACUUUCUAUUAACUGCUGCAGCAUACGCGUUGCGAACAGAACACUUCAAUUACAGUACGUGCCUGGUGUAGCUCCCCUGUAAGUCAAACUCACCGUUACAAAUACAGUGCAUGAGAGAAGCAUACUGUAGUUCCUACUGUAAAUACCUUACUGCAAUAAGACCACACAGAGCUACAGUUCAUCACACUGUGACUAAUGCACCUCUGCAUGAGUAUAGACUGCUUUGAAGUCAUUGUUCCACUAACAUCCUCCCAAAUGACUCAAAUCUGAAAAUUCAGUCUGACCAGUGCUUGAAGCAGAAGGAGGUGCCGGUAUCAUCAUUCGCACGUAUCGUGUGGUGUACUGACUCCAGUGAAUGUAUCAGCUGGCAUCGAGACAACAAAUAGGCUAUUAUAUUCUUAUUUUUUACAGUGAAUAAAAUAUUCUAAGAUAUAUUGGUGAUGAAUCACAGUGUGAUUACUGCUUAGUCCUGUUUACAGGCCUGCAAACUGAAAAGGGCUGAAAAAGUUAGAUAAUUGCAAAGUAGGCUAUACCUCUGUAGGGAGGUGUGAGGGCAUCACCCAGAGGACAAUAUUGGGAUUUAACAUGUAAAUAAAGCAUUCUGCUGUACUCCGAGAAGAACAGGGAACAAGGGAACAAAAUGCCCAAAAUGUUCAAUUGAUGGGACAAAUUUGUACAGGAAUUAACUAUAUUACACUGUAUUAUCAAUAUCUGUAGCUUCAUUGCUUCUAGUUAUAAUUCUUGCAGAUGGCUUGCCAUAUCUGAUGUUUAGCCUUUAAACAUUAAAACAGCUCGGCCAGGUCAUGGUAAGUGGCCUAAUUGAACAUUCUUCUGCUUUCAAGUUUAUCCAGUGCGUUCCCAAAUGCUUCACUAAUACUCCAUUUCAUGUGUUUUUCACCUUAACACGCAAUAGUUUUGAAACAUGUUACUUAAGACAGUGUUGGAGUGUUUUGAUUCACAGUUUUACUCUGGUAGGCAUUUUAAGAUGCGCUACUGCCUGUCAGAGCAGCUUAAUUUGCGUUAACGUGCGGUGACGAUUCUGUAGCCUCUUUGCUGCCUUGUAGGCAAGACAGCGCUGCACAAGUAGAUGCUACAGUUUGGGGGAACAGGGUGGCGCGUAGCAUCACGCUCCUGGGAAGUGUAGUUUACUUAAUUAGCCCCAGAGGACACAAGACACCUGAAUUGGAGAUGACAGAAAAGAGUGCCGAUCUGCAGGCAAGAAAAAGUGUAGGUACGCUUAAGAGUAAAAAUCUACUAUAGAAACAUUUCACUGCAUGCUUUACUUCAGUAAUACAGUAAUAUGCAUGUGACAAUAAAACUCCUUGUGUCCUUGUGUCCUUGUAUCCUUGUAAGUGCCGGUAUUGCGUACUGGUGAGUACCGGCCCAUUUCAAGCACUGAGUUUGACUUUCUAAGUACCUGAACAUGUGCUACAUCUACAUGAGUGUACUUUGGCAUCUGGAGAUCUUGUGAAUUCAGACCCAUCUAUCUGCGCAUCACAAUAACAAAACAUGAUCCCAGGGAAAUGCAGUGGGCUUUCCCCCUUCACUUGAAAGCCCUUCUUCCCAAAAGAGUUAGCAUGAGUUAGCCUAAAUGCCCUGCACUCUGGGGCCGGGCGGUUCAGUGUGGAGCCUUUGAAGCAGCAGUGCUUUGAUAGGCUGCCUAUCAGCUCGGUGGUGCCCCCCCCCCCCUCCCUCUAGUAGGCUAGCGCUCGCUCUCUUAUCCUCUCUUUCUCUCUGCCCUGCAGGCAUAACUCAAGCGAGCGCAACGACUUCACCCCUGUUGUGUUUGAUUUGCAGCUUACACACACACACACACACACACACACACACACACACACACACACACACACACACACACACACACACACACACACACACACACACACACACUCAUAUACGCACGCACACACACACACACACACACACAUAUAUACGCGCGCACACACUCAUGCACACACACACGCACACACACACACACACACACA